CGUUCUGUGGUUGUCGGGAUCUCUGGUCUCGUGCGGCGCUCGUACCUCUGUAGUUAGAAUAAACGCUCGCGCUCGUCCUCUACAUCAGUCCAGGUCCUGAGGACCCGAUCAGAACCCCACAGGUGGGGAGGAGGAGCUGCUCCUGGGGGUGGAGGAGUCACAGUCAACAGGAGAACAGGAACUCAUCUUCUGCUGGGACUUAUGUCAAAUCUGAAGUUGCUACAAAAACACAAGGCUUUGUGAAGAUUUCUCCAACAGCAGCCCCUGCUUGAGUGGAAGCUUCCCUAAAGUCCUUAUCAACCAACUGGAACGUCAUUCCUAGAAUGGGAAAAAUAACAGAUUAGGUCCAGGCUCCUGAGGGAGCAGACUUCCUGACCAGGAAAAAAAAACAGUUCAGAGGAAGAAAAAAACCAGUAAAAGUGGUGCUUAAACCUGCCUGUCUGCAUUAAAGUCAGACUAUUUAAAAUGUUCUCAGUCUUUCCAGUGGCUACAAACUGCUGAUUCUUAGAAAGACACAGAAUUGGAAAAUACAGAAAAAUAGAAAUAGAUACAAAAAAAGAAUUCAAAAAGUGGAAGGGAACAAAGAACAAAAAACAUUUGGCUUCAUUUUGCUUUGGAUCUCCAAAAUGGGCAAUAAAUAUUAUCUAAAAAAAUGGGUAAAAGUAUAACUUUAGUGUAAAGAGCUCAGCAGUUUGUUAUAACAGCUAAAUGCCUGGACCCGGUAUAAAUGAAGUCAUAAUAAAGUCCCCACUCCGAUUGUAGUUUGAUCUAUUGUAAAAUAGUUCCUAGUGGACUUUUAAUUAUGAUUAUGUUGUUUUGAGCCAAAAUUAAAUAUCUGUGUUUUUUUCUUAGUCUUAGUCUUAGUUCAUAGUUUCUGCAGAGCGGCAGCAGCUCAUUAGAAAUUGCGGUUGCAUACUCUCUCUGGGCUGGCGCGGAGCAAGCCCCCUCCACUUCCCAUCACCAAAAUAAACAGAUUAAGUUGGUUUAACAAAGAUGGAAUUUGCAUUUUGAACAAGUUAUUAGAAAAGGGGAUUCUGCCUCAAAAAUACAGGAAAAAGCUUUGUUGGAAUAUCAGGUGGUAGAUAUUAUACGUUUUGGAACUGAAUUUUGGUUUGAAAAAAAGUAGAUUUUUUUAAAUUCAACUCCUUAAGCCAAGCUUAAGACCACGCAGAAACCUGGAGAUGAAGUCAGGAAGGAGACUCCUUCAUGCUCGUGUUUCUUCUCUUAUGUGCAGACCACCUGUUGCACCAUUGAUGAGCGUGGACUUACAGAGCCACUCACUGAAAACGGCGUUUUUGCUGUUUUUAACAUCUUCUCGUGGCAUUUUUCUGAUGAUGGAGGACUUGUACUAAAAGAUUAACCUUAAACGUGUAUCUUCAUUCAAAUCCUUGUGAAUCAGCAGCAGAUGACAGCAUGUUGUUUGAAAAAUAGCCUAUUUGUGACGUAGAAAAUAUGCUGGGCGUUCCACAAGCUCCCUGCUCCGAGCUUUCAGUAAAGGGGAAGGGAAAGGGGGGCGGGGCUGCUUUUUACCAACGGACUGAGCCGCAACUAAGUGGUGAAUUUCAAAUGAACUCCUGCCGCUCUGCACAAACGAUAUCCUAGAAAAUAUCUCGGGUAUUUUGAUUUUGGCUAAAAACGGCGUAAUCAUAAUUAAAAGGCCGGUGGGAAUGCUUUGAAAAAAAGAUCAAACGAUGAUCGGAUUGGACUCUGAGUGCCUUAAAAUAUUCUCCUUAUUAAAAAUGAAAAAGUUUGACAGAAAAUCUAAGCAACUUAUGAGUGUUUUUAGUCAGAAGAUUGACUCAAACUGAAUCUUGCAUGUCUUUCUUUCAGAAAGAUGGACUGCAGCUCUCCUUAACACGAGUGUGGUUUGCAUCACACUAAGAGCGCGCCGUGAGUCCUGCCAGAAAGUGAGCUCCCUUCAUCAAACAGACCUAGCUGUCAAGGAGAAUGGACCUGAGCUCCACCAACCAGAGAACGUCUUUGUCUCUGCUCCUGUAGCCGCAGCCGGGGCCGGGGGCUCGUUCACAGCAUCACUCAUGGCAGGGGUUCAGCAGCAGCCCGUUUGUCCCAAAAGCUUUCUGAGACUCUGAAGGGGCUGGAACGAGGAGCCUCACCUCCUGUAGGUCUGUGGUCCUGCAGUGAUGGGGAAGGAGCAGGACCUGCUGGUGGCAGUGAAGAAUGGAGAUCUGCUACUGGCUCACAAGCUGCUCUCUAAAGUCAAGUGCAACAAAACCAACAGAAAGCAUACUCCUCUAACAAAGGGAAGGCCAAAGAAUCUGAUUGAAAACAAGUUUAAAGAAACUAAGUCUGAGUUGCUUGGCUCUACCAAGAAGCUCAACGUCAACUAUCAAGACUCAGACGGCUUUUCUGCGCUGCACCACGCCGCUCUGACGGGCCCAACAGAACUGCUGUCUCUGCUGCUGGAGGCCCAGGCCACUGUGGAUAUCAAGGACGUCAAUGGCAUGCGUCCGCUCCACUACGCAGCAUGGCAGGGGAAAAGUGACUCUGUUUUGCUUUUGCUGAGAGCUGGUGCCUCUGUCAACUCACUUUCCUGUGACGGACAGAUACCCUUACACCUGUCUGCGCAGUAUGGACACUAUGAGGUGUCUGAGAUGCUUCUGCAGCACCAGUCUAACCCCUGCCUCAUGAACAAGGCCAAGAAGACUCCUCUAGACCUGGCCUGUGAGUUUGGCAGACUGAAGGUUGCUCAGUUGCUGCUAAGCAGUAACAUGGUGACCACCCUGUUAGAGGGAGACGGAGGGGGUGACAGCUCAGACUGGCCCUCCACCACCCCGCUCCACCUGGCAGCCAGGAAUGGACACAAAGACAUCAUCAAGUUGCUGCUCAAAGCCGGCAUCGACAUGAACAGAGCCACCAAAGCAGGGACUUCUCUGCACGAGGCUGCCCUCUAUGGCAAGACAGAAGUAGUGCGGCUGCUGCUUGAUGCGGGCAUCAACGUGAACGUGCGCAACACAUACAACCAGACAGCUCUGGAUAUCGUCAACCAGUUCACCACCUCCACAGCCAGCAGGGAGAUCAAGCAGCUGCUGAGAGAAGCAUCAAGUUCUCUCCAAGUCAGAGCAGUGAAGGACUACUGGAACCUCCAUGACCCUACUGCUCUCAACCUGCGGGCUGGAGACCUUGUUAUGGUCCUUGAGCAGCAUCCAGACGGCCGUUGGAAAGGCCACGUCCAUGACACCCAGAGGGGGACGGAUCGGGUGGGCUUCUUCCCUCCCUCAGUGGUGGAGGUUCUUAGCAGAAGAGCAGGGGGCGCUCUCUAUCGCCAAGCUUCACUGCCUUUGCAGAGGCAGCACUUACCUGCCAGAGCUCCUCCCUCUGGUCCCGCCCCUCAGACUGAGGACUUGCACAUCCUUGGUUAUCACAGCACAGGUGUUCCACCUGGCAGUCAGCUCUCAGCCCCCACUAGCCCCCCUCAGGACAUUUGGGUCCUCAGGAGCUCUCCCACUGGUGACAGAAACAGUGUCGGCAGCACCGGCAGUGUGGGCAGCAGCCGCAGCGCUGGCAGUGGACAGAGCUCAGAGAGCGGCCACAAGCAAAACGGGACCCACAGUCGCCCAAACGACGACUCUGGCAAGUUGUCUCCCUCUGCUGGAGAAAAAGGAGAACGCAUCUGCAUCACUGUAGCAGACCAGAGCAAGCAUGCAGAUGGGUCGACAGGUGGUUCCCGCCGCCCGGUCAACAGCUCUGCCCAUAAAGGCUUUGUCAGACCAGAGCAGCUGUUUGAGGGCAAGGACUCUGAAGCCAUCUACCAGUGGUUGUCUGAGUUCCAGUUGGAGCAGUACACCUCCAACUUUAUCAAAGCCGGCUACGAUGUGCCCACCAUCAGCAGGAUGACCCCUGAGGAUCUCACAGCCAUCGGUGUGACCAAGCCGGGCCACAGGAAGAAGAUCUCCAUGGAGAUCAGCAAACUGAGCAUUCCAGAGUGGCUUCCAGAUUACAUUCCUUCGGACUUGGGGGAGUGGCUUAAUGUGAUUGGACUACCUCAGUACCAAAAAAGAUUGUGUGAAAACGGCUAUGACGCCAUCGCAAUAGUCAAGGACAUCACCUGGGAGGACCUGCAGGAGAUAGGAAUCACUAAACUGGGCCAUCAGAAGAAGCUGAUGGUAGCCGUGAAGCGGCUGAGCGACCUGCAGCGCUCCCGUAACAUCAGUGACAUCGCUGCAGGCAGAGGUGGCAGGCGAAAGCCCUCCGCCCCUCUGGAGCUGGUGGCCAUCGAACACAAUGUGGCGAACCCCCACAACCCUCACAUGCAGACGGAUGGUCCGGCCAACAACUGCUGCUCCUCUCCACGCACACCCAGAGCCCUCCUGUCCUUCCAGGACAGCGAGCUGAGCACUGAGCUGCAGAGUGCCAUGAUGGGCAGGAUGGGGGGUGUGGCCUCUGAGGCUUUUGGCAUCAGGGGUGUGGCCUCUGCUGCAAUUUUGGCUGCCAUGUCAGUCAGCCAGGAGAGCAUCAGCAAGCGCUCACGGGGCUCCGGGAAUUCUGGAAACUCUGGACAUUGUCAAGACCAUUCGUCAGGUUCAUCCCGCCGGUGCGAGGAGGGCAGCGGCAGAUGUGAGGGUGAAGAGGCCGGGCGUAUAAAAAAAGGAAGUCCCGGAGGGGGGAAUCGGCUUAUGCCCACUGAGAUGCCUGAGCACCAAUGUUGGUCUGCUGUCUCGAACAAGCUGCCUUUCUCCACGGCGACACCUCCCCUCACCCCGAGCAAGAUGCCCCGCUUUGCCUACCCGGCUGUUCCUAGCAAAACCAACCAGCUGCAGUCCCCAAACCGCCUGGCCCCCGCUCCCCCCUCAUCGCCAUCCCCUCAGCGCUCCCCCACCAAGAAGGCCCCAGCAGUCCAGCAGGUUCAGACAGGACUAAACGGCAGCAGCCAGAGAGCACUUUUUAUGCCUCUGCCCGGAGCAGGUUCUGCCCCCCCCGCACAGCCCCCAGUAGAGCUGGAGUCACAGAAGAAGCGCACCCAGAGCCUGACUCGCUAUGCUCUGUCCGACGGAGAGCCCGAUGAAGAUGAGGACCCCGCUCUUUCCCGCUCCUCUGCCUCCCCCAGUGCCAUGCCGUCCUACGCCACCCUGUCCCGCAGAACGCCGCGCGCCCCCGCAACCCAGCGCCACAUCAAUCGCAGCCACUCCUUUGCUGUGCGCUCUCGACACAAAGGUCCACCUCCACCCCCUCCCAAGAGGAUGAGCUCCGUCUGCAGCAGUCCCUCACACCAACAGAGAAACACCAGCGUGGGGGAGGUGGAGAGCACCGGCAGUGUGAGGAGCAUCGCCGCCAAGUUAGAGGGCAGCAGCCCCUCCAGGAGGAUUGAUAUUCCACCCCCCCAUAUGCCUGGCUCACCUGUUUUCAGCCCUGUUUCAUCUGGUUUCUCACAUGGAUUCCCCCCCAACGGCGUCCCGCACUUCCAGCCUCCUCCUGCUCUGAGUUUGAGGAGAAAUGAUGGAGGCGCUGACAGACAGGAAGUGACAUCUGAGGAGGAACGGGUCAGGAAGAACCAGAAGGAAUCCAGGACUCCUUCUGCUUCUUCUGCACCGCAGAGGCAGGUGUCCGGAGAGCAUCUGCCGUUCGCUGAGGAGGGCAACCUCACCAUCAAACAGCGACCCAGAAUGGCUUCCACCAGCCAGGCCCCCCCUGACAUCAGCAGCCCAUCAGAGGGCGCAGCGCAGACCCCCAACAGCCUGGAGCUUCCGGAGUUUAACCUGAAGGAGUCUGACACGGUCAAAAGACGACACAAACCCAAAGAUGCCUCGACCCCCCCAGAGACCUGCACCAGGGACGACAUCCACCCCCAAAAUAACUGCAGCUACACGCAUCAUGGGGCCAGGGCCGCCAACGGAGAAGAGGAUCACCGGCCAGAAAAAGUUUUCCUGAGGUUUGGUUCCAUAGGCAAAGGCCCAAAGCCUCCUGUGUCCUCAAAGCCCUCCAGUCCUUUAAGACAAAGCCCCAACACAGGACCAACCAGCCCCCAAAAUGCUGCCCCCUCAGUGCGAGCGGGGCCACAGAUGACCAUUCCAAAACUCACCAGUGCACAGAUUCACACUGUGUCCUCACAUCAUGGGGGGAAUAUUCACCUCCCCAGCCCUAAACCCGUCAGACACCCGCCGAUGGUCACGCCCAAACCGGAGAGCCCGCAGACCACAUCGAGGCUGCUUCAGCCCUGCACGCCACCGACGCCACGAAGAGGACCAAAGCUCAGUACAGCUCACACUCUGUCUUUAACGGCUCCACCGUCCCCGUCGCUGCCGCCAUGCUCUCUGCCGCCGGCGCCGUCUGCGCAGGCAGGAAAAGCUGCAGCCGCUCUGGACGGUGUGGCCGGUCUGGAGGUUCUGGCUCAGAAGAGGCUUGAGCAGACCAGCACGUCACUGGAGGCUGCUCUCAAAGUGGUGGAGAACAAGCUGGCCCAGGGGAGCUGUGUGGACGGCCCCGGCUCAGUAAAGGCUGCAGGGAACAUUCUGGACGACAUCGGGAGCAUGUUUGACGACUUGGCCGACCAGCUGGACGCCAUGCUGGAGUGACAGGACGUCGUCUCCUCAGAGUGUGGAUUUUAGGAACGUGAGCGCUCCAGAUGCUGGGACUGCAUCUGGAUGAACUCCUGCUGCGUUAAAGGGAACAGUUGUGUUACGUGUGUGUGUUUGUGUAGAGCUAUGAGCAGACUGACAAUACAUCUACUUUGUUGUUUGAACAGAGCAGAGUGAGGACCUGUACAGAAGCAUUUUUCUGUCCGUACAUGUUUUGCUAUUAGUUUGUAAAGCAGCAUUGAUGAAUCUGACGCAGCAGUUUUUAUAAAAGUGUGUUCUCCACACUGAUUCCAGACCACAUCACCACCAUGAUUAUUAUUACUGAGGUGUCUAUUAGAGCAUUUUUUAACUACUGAACUCACUGUGUAGAAUAUUUAUUUUUUGCUUAUAACAGAUUUUUUAAAGACAAAUAUUUUAUGAAACCCAAAGACUUUUUUUCACUGUGUUUCCCUCAGAAUUGAAGACGAAGCGGCAUCUCUACGUUUAUAUUUGCUAAGCCAAAUCUCAGGUGAUUUAAAGGGAACGAGGACUAAAAAAAGUUGUUCAUUUGGGACCCUGAGAUGGACUCCAGGUGUCUGACAACACGUCUGUCUGUCUUUUGUGUUUCUGUGCUUCCCAAAAGCUGGGUUUGUUUUUGCUCCUGUUGCACUUUUUCGCUCUGGGUUGGGAAGCGUCUCCUCUGGGAGAGCGUCCUGUUUCAUGGAGACCACAGAAGAACCUCCUUUGAGAACGGACUCUUCAGACGGGUUUGAACCAAAACACUGUUUUGCACUGCAGCUUUGUGUCCCGAUUUCAUGUUUGUCAUGGUUAAUUUAUGCCACACGCAUGUCUUUCAGAAGUAUCAUUAAAAGGAACGUUUGUAUUGCAGUUUAGGUUUCAUUAUUUCCAGAAUACAAGAAGAAUUAUAUAUUUUUGGUUUUUGGGUCUGAUUUGAACAAAAGCCUUCUUGAUAAAAAGAAAACACUGCAGAAUGUAGGUAGUGCAAAUUUUCAUCUUCUUUUAACACUUUUUUUUUAAAAUGUAGUCCCCUUAAAAAAAAAAAAAUCAAGUUUUUCUUUUAAAUUCUAGUGUUUUUUCUUCAAAGAUGAAAAAGUUCAGCUCAAAACACCAACAAGUUUUAAGGAAUAGAGCAGAUAUUUAAAUAAAAUGGAACAUUUUUGUUUGUGAUAUUGAUAUUAUUAACCUCCUUGUGUGUAAAACAGAUCCAAAAACAGCAUGACAUCAUGAGAGAUGAUGAGGAUGAGGGGGAACGUUUGAGCUUCACCUUUGGCAAAAGGAGCUGCUCCAUCCAAAGCAGUUCAGCAAAAGGAGCUAUAUAAAAUACAUUUACAUUCACAUGGUUUAAUGUUUUUUUAAAUAAAAGAAAAAGUAUCUUGAAUCUUUGUGUGAAUGUGUUAGGCAGAGGCUUUAAUAAACUCUAUGGGAUUUUUUUGCCCCUCCCUGAAAUGUACUCAAUUUUCUUUUUUCUAUAAUUUUUUCCCUUUUAAUUAAUUGUGCAAAAUAAUCAAAUCAAAUCAAACUUUGGUAUGGAGAUGUGUCAGAAAACUACUUUCUAGAAAUGACUAAAAGGAUGGCGAACAGUACAGAUUUUAAAACCACUGCUGUCCUUUUGUCCUUUUUUUUUCUAAAAUUUGUAUGCUGAACAAUACCAAAGCAGGAUUUGAUCAGUGCUUGAUUUAAGGCUAAAUUAUUUUUAUAAUUAUGAUACUUCUAUUUAUUUCAGUGUGUAUUGUAGGUUUUUUUUCAUUUAGAGCAGACUACGAAUGGUUUGUCCAUGUCUGAGCACGAAAACCCUCCUUUUGCUUUUAGGAGAAGUGAUGCACAACUGUCGAGUUUUUAUUUAUUUUUUAUUCUUUAUUUAUUCGAGUUCGGGAAACAUUUGUUUGUUUAAAAGUGAUUAUUUCAACAUUUGCCAUGAAAGUUCGUAAAAUCAUAAAGGAUAUACUUUUA